AUGCAAGCCGUCAAGCAAGCACUGCACAUUGGCACCAAUGGCACCGCUCGUGCCGAGCCCACCACGGAUGCCGUUGCCCAGCUCAAGCAAAAAUACACAGAUGCCGAGCAGGACCACGUCUUUAACUUCUACGACACCCUCAGCACCGACGACAAGGCCGCUCUCUACGAGCAGCUCUCCGGCUUUGACCCCGUCCGCAUCAACGAGUACGCCCAGCGCGCCCUCAAGCCCGCCGAGACCGAUGGCCAGCCCGCCGUCCUCGAGCCCCUGCCAGAGUCCGCCACCGCCAGCAUCCUCGACUCGAAGCCCGAAGAUCUCACAAAAUGGUAUGAAUCAGGUCUUGACCUGAUUGGCAAGAACCAGGUCGCCGUCGUUCUCAUGGCUGGUGGCCAGGGCACACGUCUCGGCAGCUCCGCCCCCAAGGGCUGCUACGACAUUGGCCUGCCCUCGCACAAGUCUCUCUUCCAGAUCCAGGCCGAGCGUAUCCGCAAGGUCCAGGAGCUUGCUGCCAAGAAGACGGGGGCUCAGACUGUCGCUGUUCCCUGGUACGUGAUGACCAGCGGUCCUACACGCAAACCCACCGAAGAGUUUUUCGAGAAGAACGACUACUUUGGCCUCGACCGCAGCAACGUCCAGAUCUUUGAGCAGGGUGUCCUGCCCUGCAUCUCCAACGACGGCAAAAUCCUCCUCGAGAGCAAGGGCAAGGUCGCUGUCGCCCCCGACGGCAAUGGUGGCAUCUACCAGGCCCUGAUCCUCCAUGGCGUUCUCGAUGACAUGCGCAAGCGUGGCAUCCAGCACAUCCACGCCUACUGCGUCGACAACUGCCUGGUCAAGGUUGCGGACCCCGUCUUCAUUGGCUUCUCGGCUGAGCAAAACGUCGACAUUGCCACCAAGGUGGUGCGCAAGCGCAACGCCACCGAGUCUGUCGGCCUGAUCCUCUCCCGCAACGGCAAGCCCGACGUCGUCGAGUACUCCGAAAUCGACAAGGCCACCGCCGAGGCCGAGGACUCGUCGCACCCGGGCGUCCUCAAGUUCCGCGCCGCCAACAUUGUCAACCACUACUACUCCUUCCGCUUUCUCGAGUCCAUCCCCGAGUGGGCGCACAAGCUGCCCCACCACGUCGCCCGCAAGAAGAUCCCCUCGACCGACCUCGAGACGGGCGAGACCGUCAAGCCCGAGAAGCCUAACGGCAUCAAGCUUGAGCAGUUUGUCUUUGACGUCUUCCCCAUGCUGCCCCUCGACAAGUUUGCCUGCAUGGAGGUCCAGCGCGAGGACGAGUUCUCCCCACUCAAGAACGCCAAGGGCACCGGCCAGGACGACGAGGACACCAGCCGAGCCGCCGUCAUGGACCAGGGUGAGAGAUGGGCCAAGGCUGCCGGUGCUAUCGUCGUUGCCGACGGCGGCGUCGAGAUUUCUCCUCUCAUCAGCUACGGUGGUGAAGGCUUGGAAAAGCUCAGCGGCAAGACUGUCCAGGCUCCCGCAGUCGUGGAGCUCGAAUAA